UUCCUCAAUAAGGGAGUGGGUAGAUAACAACUACAUUUAUUGGGUUAGCAAUGCACGAGAUGGAGAGAAGGAUGAAAUAUAAUCAUUGAAAAAAACUCGAGAUAAGACAUAAUACGCGAUGAAGUUGAUACUGUUUAUAAGACCAGUAUUUAGAGACUAGCUAAACGAAACUUUACAAACGCUUUGACACGCACGGUAAACCAAAGGGAAACGUUUGAUAACAAAAUAAGAGAACCAUGGAGACAAUUUUUCACGAGCAGCAAGAAGGGUCCCUGUGUGCCCAGCACUGCCUGAAUGCCCUGCUCCAAGCUCAGUACUUCAGUCCUGUCGAUCUUGCUGACCUCGCCAAACAACUAGAUGAGAGUGAGCGAGAGCAGAUGGCCAUCGCGGGAGAACAGUCGGAGGAAUACAAAAAGUUCCUUAAGGAGCCAUCAAGCAACUUAGAUGACAGUGGUUUCUUCUCCAUACAAGUGAUUGACCGUGCCUUGUCUGUGUGGGGGCUGGGACUUAUCCUAUACAACUCGCCUAACCCUGUUGCCAUUGCUGCCAGGAUCAAUCCUGUAGAAGAGAAGGCAUACAUAUGUAACUUCCGCGGUCAUUGGUUGACCAUUCGCAAGAUUGGACAUCAGUGGUUUAACCUCAACUCCUUGCUGACCGGUCCAGAGCUCAUAUCAAACACCUACCUGUCACUAUUCCUCAAACAGCUACUAGAGGAAGGUUACUCUAUAUUCAUUGUGGGCGGUAACCUGCCAGAAUGUGAGGCAGACAUGCUUCUAAAAAUAGCACCAGUCAAACAGCAAGUGAAGCCUAAGCUGAUCAACGAGAACCUGUCUGUGUCGAGUAACCAGCCAAUGGAGGAGGAGGAGGACGAUCAACAGCUACAGAAGGUGUUAGCCGAGAGUCGACAUGCAGACGAGCACGACGACCAGGCACUGCAGAAGGCUUUACAGCUCAGCAUGGAAGGCUAUGCUUGGGAACCUUUGCCAGGUCCCUCAGUUAAGUCAUCAAGCCUAGGUGCAAGUGCUGCCGCAGGGUCUGAAACAAGACAAUCAUCUUCCCCUCCACCUGAAAGUCCCGAUCCUGAAAAUGUGCGACAAAAACGUUUGGCCUACCUCAGUAGACUCGAGUCUCCAAAAACAUGUGAUAAAUCAGAACAAAAUUCUCUAGAGAAUGAUACCACGCCAUCAAACAACCAAAAAGACAUUUCUGAAUUGGAAGAGUCCAAGAAAAAAGAAUCAUCUAAGCCUGAAUUGACCAAAGAUGAAGAGAAUACGUCACAAUCUGUUACAAGUGAGAUGAGUGAGGAGGAAAUGUUACAGAGAGCCAUUAGCAUGUCUAUGCAGGCGGGAGAUAAGUGAGACACAGAGUGUUAUUUUUUUAACAGUUGAGAAGAGUAAGGAGGAAAUGUUACAGGGAGCCAUUAGCAUGUCCAUGCAGGCAGGAAAUAAGUGACACAAACUUCGUGUGUAUGAUUGUGUCCCGAACUGGACGUUGGUCAGAUGUGGGCAAACGUGGUCAACUCCAGUAAAUGCUGAAUUGUCCAGAUUCAGGUACUUGAAAACUGCCUCAUGCAAUUUUCAUUAACACCAUCCCAAAAAAUGGGGCUAAAUGUCCGGGUGUCUGUGAUGUUGUUCAGCUUUGGGUUGGGAUGUGAUGAUAACUGACGUGGCAUUUGUGAAUGACGGGAGAUUUUAGAGUUUGGGAAUGAUUCAUGGAAACUUGCUAAAGACUGACACAUUUUCAACGCUAUGUACACAUGCUGAUUUUAUUUAAUGAUUAAAACCUUUUUAAAAGGAAA